AUGACAGAAACAAUAACCCACAUCGUCCUCUUCAAAUAUCGUCCGGACAUCACCUGGACACAAUUCGAAUCCCAUUUCGCAACCUUCACAGCACUCAAGACGAAAUGUCUCAGAAACGGCAAACCUUACAUGAAAUCUCUACGGAUGGGCAAAAAUCGUUCCUGGGAACCUUUUAGUAAAGGCAUGACGCAUGCUUUUGUUCUCGAAUUCGACACUCAGGAUGACCUGGAUUACUACCUUACGCAGGAUACUGUCCAUGCGGAGUUCUCGCGGAACGCAAAACCUCUUAUUGAAGACAGUCUGGUGGUAGAUAUCCGCGAUGGCGUGCUAUUCGGUGCUCCAGCGGCGCAUCCUCUGGGCAAAGCACCCGGAGCCUAUACCGGUACCUGUCACUGCGGCUCUCUUGCAUGGACAGCCAAACUCUCACAGGCGGAGCACGUUUUGUGCCACUGUGGAACUUGUCAAAAGUUAUCCGGCGGCCCAUACAGCUGUAACCAGAUCAUUCCAAGAGAGGACUUGGUCAUCACCAAAGGCGAGCCGAGAGUAUAUACGUACCAAGGAGCCUCUGGCAAGGACGUCCGGUGCUUCUUUUGCGGGACAUGUACCAGUCAUGUGUACCACCACCAGGACGCAAUGCCAGAUAAAGUCAUCGUUCGAACACUGUUACUUGAGGGUGGAAGAGAGAUGCCAGCGACUGGUGAGAUUUUUGCCGAAGGGAGGCUGGGCUGGGUCCGGGAUUUGGGGGAGAGUAUCGACACGCCGGAGGGCAGCGAGAAAAGCACCUGA